GAUUAUAAAGAAGACAUUUUUAGAGGAAUGAUACAAAUUCUGGGCGGCUACAGGAUACAAACUUAAUCCAUUUGUCCCAAAUUUGGCAAAAAUUUGUCCAUUUGGAAAAUUUCAUUCAUAUCAUUUUAAAUGCUUAUGGUUUAAUAAAGUGAGUUUACUGUUAAUAAAAGUGUAAAAUGAAUUACUUAUUUACUUCAAUAAGUAACUUGAAAGUUUAUAAGUUCAUAUUAAAAGAUUAAUUAACCUCAAUAAAGCAAAUUAAAGCUGAACAGGUGUUUAAUAAAACCUUCGUUAACGUUAGCAGAGCUCGUUCAUAAAGGACAUUAAAGUUCAGUCUGAAACAACAGCUGACAAACCUUCUGAGGAUCUACGGUUUCUGGAUCAGGUCUCUGAAGGACCUAGGACAGUUUCUGGAUCCGGUCUCCUGAAGGACCUGGACGGUUUCUGGAUCCGGUCUCCUGAAGGACCUGGACGGUUUCUGGAUCCGGUCUCUGAAGGACCUAGGACAGUUUCUGGAUCCGGUCUCCUGAAGGACCUGGACGGUUUCUGGAUCCGGUCUCCUGAAGGACCUGGACGGUUUCUGGAUCCGGUCUCUGAAGGACCUAGGACAGUUUCUGGAUCCGGUCUCCUGAAGGACCUGGACGGUUUCUGGAUCCGGUCUCCUGAAGGACCUGGACGGUUUCUGGAUCCGGUCUCUGAAGGACCUAGGACAGUUUCUGGAUCCGGUCUCCUGAAGGACCUGGACGGUUUCUGGAUCCGGUCUCCUGAAGGACCUGGACGGUUUCUGGAUCUGGUCUCCUGAAGGCCUCAGUCCAGAGCCUGACAAUGGUCCCUGGAGGCCUGGUUCCUGGAGGGGGGGGCCGGGCCGGGGGUCUGUGCCUGCUCCGGUGGCUGGGUCUCAGGCUCUGGUCCCGUCGGGGGACGCUGGUCUUCGCUCUGCUCUGGUUCGGUUCCUGGUUGUUCCUCAACGGGCUGGUUCUGGUCCAUCGGAGCAUCAUGUCCGACUACUGCACCGACGACAAGAGCAAGAGGAUCCUGCACAGACUGUGUCUGGAAUUCGCCGAGGGCUCGGUGACCGGCGACAUGUGCGACGACCUGUGCGUCCUGGGAUUGGUCGAGUACAAACGCUGCCUUUACUACGAGAACGGGAAGAAGGUGAUCGAAGCGCGUUGGCGAGGAAAGCCCGUCAUCCUCAAGUCCAAACUGGAGAACUUCUCGUCGUACGAACCCCUGGGGAUCCUGGACUAUCAGGACGGCGCCGAGGACCUGUCGCCCAUGGACGUGGUCUUCUAUGCCACUCUGGAGGUGCGGAACUCGUUGGGUUUGGCCGAGGAUGACGAGGAGGAGGAAGGAGGCGGGAACAGUUCUCUGUCCAGACUGUGGGGGAAGAAACUGCGAAGCCCAGAUAAGACGUACUCCAGAGCCGAGCUGGCGUCGCUGUGGUCCUUACUGCAGCAGGAGGAGUACACCUUCCUGAGAGUCCUUCAGGACCUCAGUUCCCAUGUGGCCCAGGUGUUGGGCUCCUGUGGUCAUUUCUAUGCCGUCGAGUACCUGUCUGCCGGUCACGCCUGGGACCAGAAUAUCUUUUCCCUGGACGAGGCAGCGGCAGCAGCGGCGGGGGCGGGGGCGGGGGCGGGGCCCCGGGGUCCGAGGAGCCGGUGGACGACCAGGCAGAUGGUCCAUCGCAUCGCACUCAGCUUCCUGGACAUGGUCUGGCACUUCGACAACGACUUCACCCACAGACUGCACCUGUGCGACAUCAAACCAGAGAACUUCGCAAUCCGGACCGACCUGACGGUCGUGGCCAUCGACGUGGACAUGGCGUUCUUCGAGCCUAAGAUGAGGGACAUCCUGGACCAGAACUGCAGCAGCGACGACGACUGUAACUUCUUCGACUGUUCGUCUCGGUGCAACAUGGACAAACGGAGAUGCAGCCGUCGACGCCGCAACACCAACCUGCAGGUGAUCUGUGAGAAGAUCUUCAGGCCGUGGUUUUCUCCGACGUUACUCGGGGCCAAAGCAGGACUCCCCCUACAGGUGGAACUCCAGCGGGCGGUGCAGGAAUGUACAGAGACCGACGGAGACGUGGACGACGGACGGGGGCAGGGGCGGGGCUCGGACGUCCACCGACGCCUCCUCGACGUCCUGACCCGACUCCUCCAAGAGGGCGGGGCUUCAGCGGAUGGAGGUGGGGCUUGGGAAGGGAAAGGUCACGUCCACACCGCGUUGAACUUCUGAGGAGUUGAAGUGAAACUAAAGACAGAAUGAAGGUCUGAGGUCGGAUCCGUCGACCAAUCAGAGCCACUUCACCUGAAGACUACAGCUCCCAUGAUGCUCUUUGACAUGUUCAAAAGUACGUCCUGGUUUGUGACCACAACAAUGGUCAAAAGGCACUUCCUCCUGAUGUACUUUACUUCAAUAUUUGGACCAUUUCCCUAAUGUUUUGACUUUUUUCUUGAAGUUCUUUGCAAUUUUUAUGACUUUAUCCUCGAUUGUUUUUGUCUUCCCGAUGUUCCUAAUGUUUCACCAACAGCAGUCAGAAUCACCUGGAAUUCCGUAGCUACAUUAGAGGCUCGUAGUCCAAGUUGACGCCUUGUUUUGUUAAAGAAAAGGACAUGUGACCAGGGCUCAGCCAAUCAGAGGGAUGCAAAUGCAGCUUCGUCAUUGUUUCCAGAAGUUUCUGGGGUUUUUUUGUUCACGUUACAACAUCCAGAAAAUGAAAGUGUCUGGAGUUCUGAGGGACGUUUUGGACCAAAGGGACCUGGAUGUUCUGGUGUUUGAGAACAUACAUGAAAUGAAGGGAAAUCUUAAUGUUGUGGAAAAGUAAAUAAUGAUGCAAAACUUUGUGUUUUCCUUAGAGCUGGGAGAUUCGCUCAGAAAUAUUAUGAUGAAAAACAGUCUCUUGUGGUAAAUAUAAAUGUCAAAUCAGUGCUUCUUUUCAAUUCAGAGCCAGACGCCAAAGGGUUGAAUAUUUUAAAUGCAAAAAUUACACUGAAUAUAUUAACCCAUGAGUUUUUUAUCCAGAGUGAAAAAGCUUAUAAAAUAUUCAUAACCUCCUCAGACACAGUGAAUAAACACUUUGGCCUUUUACAUUAAAUAAUUGCCUUAAUUGGAAACAGCAUGACGCAACAGUUCUGUCAGAUACAUUUUUACCUUUUUUUUUUUUUUUUAAUAUAAUGUUUUUUCAUGCCUUUUCAGUGGCCUUUUUUAUUUUACGUAAAGCUGUGAAACUCAGGAGGAUAAAAGACAAAACAACUUAAAGACAAAAUGUAAAAUUAAAGACAGAACCUGAUCAGGACCCGUUUCAUGGUCAGAUCGUCGCUUUAUCUCCAGGACUCUGAACUCCAAAAUACAACCUUCACCAAAUGGAAACAGUUUAGUGUCCUGACCUCUGACCCCGUCCUGACCUCUGACCCCGUCCUGACCUCUGACCCCCCCGCCUUCAGGAUGAAGCAGGCACGGCGCUAAUGGACUGAGGAACACUUCGGCGACGCCCUGAGUCUCAUCUUGGAGGAAUUUAAUCUGAUUUUCUUCACGUAAACAUUUAGUCUCAGUGAGAUGAUGGAAAUCUCUCUCAUUUGUAGAGAUAAUAGUGAAUAAACACGUCCAAAUGGAAACAGAAGCACUGAGGAGUUCAAAUACUGGCUCAGUGGGUUUUUAGGGUCAUUUUUCAGUUGGAUUUGGUUCCUGUUUCAUCGUUUUCAUUAAAAACAUGUCCAGUCGAACAGACGUGUGGUUUCUAACCCGUGGAAAAACGGUUCAGAUGUUAUUGGUUUAAUCAGGAUCACAAUAAUAAAUGAUCCUUGAAGGUUUUCCAACUGUAGACGUUCAGAAAAACGUCUUCUCUUCUGUAAAUAAUCCCACGGUCCAUUUUUCUGUUUGUUGGAAUAAUAAAACCUUCAGAUGUUUACAGUCG